CAACAGUUUUUUUUCCAGUGUCACAGUAUUUUUGAUUUGGCUUUUGUUUUUGGCACGAGCCCCAGCCCAACUCCGAUCGCACGAGCCCCAGCCCCCAAACAGCCUCCAGGUCUAGCUAGGGUUUCGUCUCCGCCGCUUGCUCUAAUCCUCUCCCGGCACGCGACACGCGAGGUAGGGCGCAGCGUUUAUGGCGGCGACACCGGCGGACGCGAAGACCGAGGCCGCCAAGAUGGACCUCCUCGAGGACGACGACGAGUUCGAAGAGUUCGAGAUCGACCAAGAAUGGGAUGAGAAGGAAGAAGGCAAUGAAGCUGUCCAGCAGUGGGAGGAUGAUUGGGAUGACGAUGAUGUGAAUGAUGAUUUCUCGCUGCAGCUGAGGAAAGAACUGGAGGGAAGCAACGCCCAGAAGAGCUGAAGUAUUAUUUCUCCAGUUUACAAAUGAUCCUUCUAUGCCAGCUACUUCUGGAAAUCGGAACCUUUAUGUGAUUUGUGCUGCUGGGAGCAAUCGAACUCUGGAGUAAAAAAGUAACCAUACCAGUGAUUUCUAAGUAUGAACGGCAGGAAGUUGACGGACAUCAGUCGGCUAUUUAAAAAAUAUCUCAGUUGUGGUUAGAAUAUGCCACAGUUCUUAUCUUAUUUACAACUGUUUUUCC